CCUCCGUUGAUGUAGAGAUGCACCUGGAUCUCCACGGGCUGUUCAUCCCAGGAAUAAGCUGGAUGUAUACGUGGACAAAUCAACUCACAAAAAAUCCAAGUGCAUUCGAGCUCCAUCCGCAUUACUGGUUUGUACUCGUUUCCUCCCAAAGCUACCGAGCAGUGGGCUAAGUAUUGAGAAGGUUGCUUGUCCAGAUUAGGUGAAAACACCUUUGAUCACUUCUUCAGCUGUUUAAAGACAGUUUGGAUGGUUUUUAAAUGGCCGGGGGAAGUCUUUCCCAUGGUAAAUCAGGACAUGCAGACAGAAAAGUCAUCACCGCCUUCCUCAUCAUCCAACGACAGUGAGACCAAUGGCCUCUGCUCUUCAGCUUCCUUCCAGGAGUCUGGACUCAGCGACCAGGUGCAGACGCAGGGCCACUGCCCUGGCUGCCGGGCUGCAGCAGGAAGCGGUCUCUCGAGGCCAAGCACCAGCAGAGAGGCUGGAGUUUUCUUGGACAAGGAAACAAAAUGUAUCUCCUUUUCCUCCACCAUUCCUUUGAAGAUGGUUCCUUCAACCAGUGAAAAGAAACUGUAGGGCAGCUCUCUGCUGGUUCCAGCAAGGCCUUGGUUCAGAGACAAGGAAACCAAGAUGGAGCCUCUGUCAGUGGAGAUUUAGUAUCUUCCUCCAUCUUCAUCACUGGGUCCUGGCGAAGUUCCAGGUUGUUGUAAACAUCUGUUGGGGUAAUGGACGUAAAGCUCCCUGCACAGCAAACUGCACUAAGAACUCCACAAACUCCAAAAGUUAAGGUCCUCCCAUACCUUCCUUCUGUCAAAACACCAGAGAAGGUUACCUCUACCAGGAAGAGCCUGCCUGACUAAUCCCCAUUCACCUCCAGUUACUUCAACUAAGGCAACACUCCCAUUCUGGAAAAACUGGCUACCUGAGGGUGAUUCUGUUAUUUGAGCUCUUUGUUUUGUUUUGGAACCUCUGACAUUUGAAGAAUAGACCAGCAUUCCAAGUAAUUGAUCAACGGACAAAUUAAGGAUGGGCACCUUACCCAUGGUAACACAGCUAGUGAGUGGAAGAGCCGAGACUCGGAUUCAGACUCACGGCGCAAGAGGCCACGGGCUUAACCACCGAGUGCCAGCCUGCCCGCACACCCCUCCAUCGCUGCAGCGAUCGCUUUCAGCGGCGGACCGCGCCGGGCAGCGCCCGUUCGGGGACCAGCAGCUCAGUAGGAGGAACGAGGCUUCGGAUUGGCAGCCUCCGGCGACGCCGGGGGAGAGGGAGGGCACAAAGGCGCAGGGGCGUCGCGCAGAAAUGACGCAACACCGCGGCUCCUUAAAGGCGCCGGACUCUCGAGCGGCGCACGGCGCAGGCGCGUUCCGGAGGCUCCCGAUUUUGCUCGCAUCGCUGGGAGCCGGCCCGGGCAGACGGGCGCGAGCGGGCUGUGCAGACGGGGCGUGCACUGGACGCGGGCGGCUCGAGGGGUCCGUUUGGGCGGCGUCCGGAACCCGACCGGCGGGCUGAGGAGCGGGCGCCGCGAUGGCCGAGGGCAGCGCAGUGUCAGACCCUCAGCACGCCACGCGCCUACUGCGAGCGCUCAGCUCUUUCCGCGAGGAGUCCCGCUUCUGCGACGCGCACCUGGUCCUCGACGGGGAGGAGAUACCGGUACAGAAGAACAUCCUGGCGGCUGCCAGCCCGUACAUCAGGACAAAGUUAAACUAUAAUCCUCCAAAAGAUGAUGGAUCAACCUAUAAGAUUGAACUUGAAGGGAUAUCGGUAAUGGUUAUGAGAGAGAUCCUGGAUUACAUCUUCAGUGGGCAGAUCCGGCUGAGCGAAGAUACCAUCCAAGAUGUUGUGCAGGCAGCAGACCUGCUCCUGCUGACGGAUCUUAAAACUCUCUGCUGUGAGUUCUUAGAAGGCUGCAUUGCCGCCGAGAACUGCAUCGGAAUCCGAGACUUUGCACUCCACUACUGCCUGCACCACGUCCAUUACCUGGCCACAGAAUACCUGGAGACUCACUUCCGAGAUGUCAGCAGCACAGAGGAAUUCCUAGAACUGAGUCCUCAAAAGCUUAAAGAAGUGAUUUCUCUUGAGAAGUUAAACGUUGGCAAUGAGCGAUAUGUAUUUGAAGCAGUCAUCCGAUGGAUAGCACAUGACACAGAAAUAAGAAAGGUCCACAUGAAGGAUGUCAUGUCAGCGCUGUGGGUUUCAGGGUUGGACUCGAGCUAUUUACGGGAGCAGAUGCUGAAUGAGCCGUUAGUCCGAGAGAUUGUCAAAGAGUGCAGCAACAUCCCUCUGAGCCAGCCGCAGCAGGGGGAGGCCAUGCUCGCCAGCUUCAAGCCCCGGGGCUACUCGGAGUGCAUCGUGACCGUUGGCGGAGAGGAAAGAGUUUCACGGAAGCCAACAGCAGCGAUGCGAUGUAUGUGCCCCCUUUAUGACCCUAAUCGGCAGCUGUGGAUUGAACUGGCCCCUUUAAGCAUGCCGAGAAUCAACCACGGAGUCCUCUCAGCAGAAGGAUUUUUGUUUGUAUUUGGGGGCCAAGACGAAAAUAAGCAGACCCUGAGCUCAGGAGAAAAGUAUGACCCAGAUGCAAACACAUGGACGGCACUGCCACCAAUGAACGAGGCAAGACAUAACUUUGGAAUCGUGGAGAUAGAUGGGAUGCUGUACGUUUUAGGAGGAGAAGACGGUGAAAAAGAGCUAAUUUCCAUGGAAUGUUAUGAUAUUUAUUCUAAAACCUGGACAAAACAACCCGCUUUAACCAUGGUUAGAAAGAUUGGCUGCUAUGCAGCUAUGAAAAAGAAAAUCUAUGCCAUGGGUGGGGGAUCAUAUGGAAAACUCUUCGAGUCUGUGGAAUGUUAUGACACACGGACCCAGCAGUGGACCGCUAUCUGUCCACUGAAAGAGAGAAGGUUUGGAGCUGUAGCCUGUGGAGUCGCCAUGGAACUGUAUGUAUUUGGGGGAGUCAGAAGUCGUGAGGACAUCCAGGGGGGCGAGAUGGUAACCUGCAAGUCAGAAUUCUACCACGAUGAGUUUAAAAGGUGGAUCUAUCUUAAUGACCAGAAUUUAUGCAUCCCCGCCAGUUCCUCUUUUGUGUACGGAGCUGUCCCCAUAGGAGCCAGUAUCUAUGUCAUCGGAGAUCUUGAUACAGGUACCAAUUACGACUACGUGCGCGAGUUCAAAAGGAGCACGGGAACCUGGCACCACACCAAGCCCCUCCUCCCCUCCGACCUGCGCCGCACCGGGUGUGCAGCCUUACGUAUUGCGAAUUGCAAGCUUUUCCGCCUGCAGCUUCAGCAGGGCUUGUUCCGCAUCCGCGUUCACUCACCUUGACGGGGCCGCGGCGCGGAAGCGGAGCUCCUGACCAAGCGCGCCGGGACGCGGCGCUCUGCGAGGGGACAGAGAUGGCAGGCGACCCUUGCUCUGCGCCGGCCUCUGUGCGGUAACACGAGUGGUUUUCUAACGCUUAGAAGCCUGGGCUUCCAGCUCUUGUUCGGGAGAACACGUAACUGCUGAAAAAAAACGAGGAAGAGUCAGUUCCUCCAGGAGAUGUGUCCCUAGACCAACCGGGCUAGUCAGCGUCAGAGGAAAAGGGAAGUGGGAAUCCGUGUCAUGUAAAAUCAGGAAGUUACAGCACCAAGGUGCAUGUUCCCCGCGGGGAACUCACGUCUGCCUGACCGCUCUGUUCGAGUACCUGGCUUUGGUUAACAAACGAGCAAACAUGCAUAUAUCAACAUAUCCAAACAUACCGGGGUUGCUUUUCCACUGCACUUGGAAGGAGAUAUUAUGCCUAACUCUGCCCAACAAUUUAAGGUUUGUGCCUAAAAUGUUAGAUUGGACUCAAUGCCAGUUAGUCUCCACUUACUACUAGUUCCCUGUCCUAAGAAUCUUUUUUAAACUAAAUUAUGAUGAAUUGAAACUAAGAUAAAAUUUCUCUUUUAUGACAUUCUAUCUUAGUAAUCCAAAGGAUUCAAUGAAUUAAGGAGUCAGGUGGCAGCCCUCCCACGAAUUUAAAGGAAGUUGCUGACUUCUGUGUUAAUUCAGAUGAAGAUGUGUCAUGCCGUCAUUUCUGGGGUUGUGAAGGAUCUCAUGCAGUGCCAGUCUUCCUUUCCAACUAACCAGAACUGUUUUAUAAAUAUGAGGGUAUUAGUGAGUAGGAGAUUUUGUAAAAGAAGGACCUGAGCCGGACAAAUAAUAAAGGUCUGCUAUGACCAAAAAAAAAAAAAAAAGUCCAGAGGAAAUAUAUAGGGAUCAAAAACUUUUAAAAGCAAUCUGUCUGAAAGCACACAGAGUCUUGUUUACUACUGUCUAGGAUUUGAAAACGUGUCUUGGAAUGCGAAUCCACGUUAAGAAUCUAGUCUUUGUAGCAGAAUUUUCUCAAUGCCGUUCACUAGUACGAGAUUCAGACAAAUUACAAGUAAAGGUUGGCUGGUAGAAUAAACUACCUCAACUUAAUUUCGUUCUGUUCCUGUAGAGCAAAUUAAUCCUUUCCUCCUUCCCUCCCUCUCACUCCCAUGUCGACCCACUCAACCCCACUCCUCAAAGUGGAAAAAGUCUGUCAUUAGUGGUACUUACCUUGUAAGAUAUUUUGUUUUCCAUUCGAAUUAUACCACCUUAGUGUGAAACCAAGGAGUUCAAAGUGCUUGAUGACUUAAUCAUUUGAAUUUUAUGCAAUAUCAGAUUUCUGAUCAAUUUAAUACAGAGCUCUUCAUUUCUAAUUGUUUUCUACAGUUUCCCCCCCCUUAGUAUAUGGCUGUAAGAAGCAGCAUUUAGUCUUAAUGAUUAAUAAAUGUAUAAGUGUAUCCUUUGGUUAUAAAUUUGAGAAUAGGAAUUUCUCCUAGAAACUUCCUACCUGGAAUGUCUGUAUGCUUUACCCAUGCAUAUGAAACAUCACUUGUCUUUUCCCACCCAGGAACAGUAGAAGUCAAUCCAGUGCUAGAAAAGUCACUGAGCAGCCUUGUCUGUGGGAAUUCUAAAGAAUGUUGUGUGUGCGCAUUAACUCUCCAUCCUGGCAGAGACAUGGGUAAAAGGAGGUAUAGGGUUUUCCUCUUCUCUAUCAGAGGCACUGGGCCAGAUUUGCCGGCCAUUCACAUAACAGUCAGAUUUGACGCGUAAGUCAAAGCCAGCCUCUUUGCUUUGUACCGUGUACCAGUCAGCAGUUGUCUGCAUGCUUUCCCCAGGAUACCUUGGGUGUCUUCUAAUCAAAGCAAACUGCAUGGCCACUGCAAAGAAAGAAAACUUUCUUUGUACAACUAGAUGUUAGUUUUAGAGGAAAUAAAUUUCUGAAAAAGUGGAUUUUCUUUGGUAAAAUGUCCCAUACAGAACAGAACCUUGGCCAUCAGAAGCCACAGCUGAGGUACAUUAAAGUGGUAACUAAUGUCCUAUUAAAGCGAUGACAGUCAGCAA